AUCUACAUAAACAAUGGAUCCCCACCUCGGUGCCCAGGAUGUGAUCAGAUGUGAUCUAUGUGAGACAGCUAUAGUACAGAUGUACUGUGAUUUCUGUCAUGUCAAUCUCUGUAAACCCUGUAUUGGAGAUCAUAUUGCUGAUGACUAUAACAAACAUCAAAUUGUCUCAUUCCAACAAAGAAAAUACACAUUGAUCUAUCCAAAGUGUGCAACACAUCAAACCAAAUCAUGUGAUUUACAAUGCAAGGAAUGUAACUUUCCUGUUUGUUCCUUAUGCUCUGCAUCAAAACAGCAUGAAGGACAUAAAUAUUUAGUCCUCGCAGAAAUAUACGACUCAAAGAAAAAUGAUAUCGCAAAAGAUACAGAGGAAUUACAAAACAUUAUUUCUCCUACAUACAUAGAAAUCACAAAAGAUCUAGAAACACAGAUUACUAACUUGGAUGAAGAAUAUGAGAAACUUACAACAGCCAUGACAGAACAUGGAAAACAAUGGCACAGAGAAAUUGACAAUGUCAUCAAUACCAUGAAAAAAGAAAUUGAUGAUUUUAAAGUAAAACACUUUGACAUUAUAAAGAAAUAUGCAGAAGAAGUGAAACAAAUACAGAUUCUUAUUGAACAAACUCUGCUCAAACUGGAGGAAAUAGAAGAAUCAAAUGAAGUGUCCAUGACCAUAGAAUACAUCUCCAGAAACAAAGAAUUCAGCAAACUUCCUCCCAAAGUGAAAGUAUCAUUGCCCAUUUUUAAUGCUAAUCCAGUAGAUACAGAACAGCUCUACAAGUUGUUUGGAUCUCUUGCACCAUUAUCUACAACAACAGAAGAAAAUGGCUACAAACUGAAGAUCCUAGACCAGGACGGACAGUUCCUCCGUUAUAUAGAUAACUGUGAUUUGAAGGAUCCAUAUGGUUUAUGUGUGAAUGAAAAUUUUGUAUUUGUUGCUGAAUGUGGAGGAAAGGUUAAGAAAAUUAAAUACCUUGAAUAG